UGCCGUCCGAUCAGGCGAUGGCAAGUUCUUCGGCGAUUCCGAGUGGAGAUGAGAGACCAAGACACCACGAAUCCUGGGAGCGUCUACAUCAUGCCCGAUGACGACCUACGUCGAAGGAAGGUCACGCUCACCCGCGUCUGAAAUACCACUGCAAGCGAAAUGGGUCAUUGCAAUGCUCUGCGUGUUCCUGAUUCUCGUGCUGGCGCUCUUAUGCUACGCCGUGUUCAUCCUCCUGACGAAUCCCCAUCCGACCGUCAUCAUGCCACCAAGAACCACAACUACCACUACCACUACAACUACUACUACUUCCACACCAACGACUACUACUUCCUCUACUUCCACACCAACGACUACUUCUUCCUCUACUACCACAACAACCACUACAACUACCACCACAACAACCACUACAACUACCACUACUACCACAACGACGACUACUACUACCACCACAACUACCACUACUACCACCACGACAACCACUACAACUACCACCACAACAACCACUACAACUACCACAACAACCACUACUACCACUACUACUACCACGACAACAACCACUACAACUACCACCACAACAACCACUACUACUACCACCACAACCACUACAACUACCACGACUACCACCACAACAACCACUACAACUACCACCACAACCACUACAACUACCACGACUACCACCACAACAACCACUACUCCUACUCCAUCCACUCCAUCCAAUCCAUCCACUCCAACGAUGCUGUUGCCGGGUCCCAUGCCGCGCGACCUGGUGUGGUGCACGUUCGGCACCUUCCCGCAGGAUUACGACCUCAUCGACACGGACAGCUUUUGCGACUUCGCCUUCAUACCGAUGUACGUGAGGCCCAGCAAGGACACUCUGCUCGACGACAGCCACGCGGACUUGCAAAAGUUAUUCGCCAUGGCCGCACGACCGGCCGCUGCCACCAAGUUCGCCAUCAGCUUCGCGCAUCGAAGGAACGCCGAAGUUAUUAAGCAUGUCAGGGAUCCUCAGGGACAGGCAAAGCUCGAAGAUUACUGGAACAAGAACAUCUACCAUCACGCCGUCCUUGACUUGGAAGUCAAGCCCUGGGAAAACUUAAACAUCGAGAGUGAAGUUCGGGCGGCGUUCGACUUACUGAAGGAGCUGAGGGGCUGGCAGAAAAAAGUGAACGCGAGUCACCCCAAGCCCGGUGCACCCCAUGGUGGCUUCGUAGUCCUGGGCAUCCGAAUAUGGCCGGCCAAUAAGACGCCCUUCCUCGGAAAUGUCACGCAUCAGAUGGAGCAGUUCCUAGUGGACGGCUUCCUUCCGUGGACUCACUUCACGGAGGACGAGUUCGCCGCCAAAUACCCGCAGUGCGUCAUCACAGGAGCGUCGCCACUCACGGGCGUCAACAACAACAACACCAUGGACAUGUUCCAGGUGAUGGACUGGGUGAACAGCAGCACGACGUGGAACUAUUACCCUUCGCUCGCCAUUUCGGUGUCGAUGUGCACGCGCGUCUACAAGACCAGCACGGGGAUGGACGCAAAGUACGGCGACCCGUGCGUGGACAACAAAACUCCACCCGGCCCGUCGUCCGCGUAUUGCGGCGACGCCAAGAAGUACUACGACAAGUUCCAUAUUUACAGACCAGACCUGGCACCAUACGGCUAUAAUGAAAAAUUCAGCGCUGUCAUCGCGACCUAUGAACUGUGGUCACCUGUUACGGAAAAGCUGUGCGAGGUCAAGGAGCGGUACGAGAGAUCGGAUAUCAGCUUGGCGCUCUUCGACAUCGAGUGCGAAGACUGGGCGAACGCGUGCACCGGCACGGACUCGAACGUGAUCGGAGGCACGAUCAGGAUCCGCGCCAUCCACGAGUACAUUUAUGACACGAAGCUGAGAGGGCGGCCCGACCACGACUGCCCGUGAAAGGACGUUUGCCCGUGCAGCGAACAAUAUUAUCCACAUGCCAUCGA